AUGUCUAAACCUACUACCCUGCAAGCGGCCAGCCGCCUCAAAUCUUCCUUCUUAGAGGAUAAGCAGACUUUCGGUGCCUGGCAGAUGCUUCCUGGGUCCAAUAUUUCUAGACUAUUGGCCCGAUCUGGCGUGGAUUGGGUUUUGGUCGACUGCGAGCACGGGAAUAUUGACGACGCCGCCAUGCACGAGGCCGUCCCGGCUAUCGCUGCGGUAGGGUGCUCACCCAUAGUCAGACUACCCGACAUGCAAGGAUGGAUGAUCAAGCGUGCUUUGGACAGUGGAGCCCAUGGAAUCCUCGUCCCCCUAGUCCGUACCGUUUCAGAGGCAGAGCAGCUCGUUGUCGACGCUAAAUUCCCGCCUAAGGGUCGACGCGGCUUCGGCUCCCUCAUCGCCCUCGAGCGCUUUGAACCCAACCCUACUCUAACUGAGUAUCUGCACCAGGCCAACGACGCCCUCGUCACCAUCAUACAGAUCGAGACCAAAGAGGCUUUUGAGAGCGUCGAGGAGAUCGCAGCCACCGACGGUGUCGACGCCCUCUUCAUUGGGCCGUUCGACCUUGGAAACAACAUCGGCUACCCUGUCCAAAAGGGUAUUCUUAACUCGCAGCUGAAGGCCGCCAUGUCUCGAAUCUUGGCUGCAACUCGCAAAGCAGGAAAGAAAUGUGGCGUCUACUGUAAAGACUCGAAUCAAGCGCGAGAGUUUGCUGAGCAAGGAUAUGACAUGAUCGUCGCGGUCACGGAUUACACUGCCAUUCAGCAUAUCGCUAGGGAAGAAUUGAGUUUUGCGAAGGGUGACUCAAAGCCUGAUGGAUCAGGCGUUUUUUAA